CUGCUAUCAAGAAUGAUGUUAUUGAUAGCUGCAGAUCUGUUCAUUUCCUUGGUGAGGACAGCCCAUGUUAUAGAUAAUUGUCGUCAGCUUGGCAAUUCUUGGUGGAAUGGUUGAGAUGCCUAAUGAUGCGGAGAACCCCAAAGGUAAUGAGACACAGAAAAGCACAGACAGUAAUAAUCCCUCUGCUGAGAUCCCAGCAAAAUGGUACGAUAGAAUUUUCCAACAGGCAUCAGUAUAUGGAAUAGCUACUGGCUAUUGCAUUUCAGCAUCUCUUCUCUCGAUCAUCAACAAAUGGGCAGUCAUGAAAUUCCCAUAUCCUGGGGCACUGACUGCCUUGCAGUACUUUACAAGUACCGCUGGUGUCCUCCUCUGCGGGUGGCUUAAACUUGUUGAACAUGACUCACUUGACCGAAUGACCAUGUGGCGCUUCCUACCUGCAGCAGCAAUAUUCUACCUCUCCCUCUUCACAAACAGUGAGCUUCUCCUCCAUGCUAAUGUUGACACCUUCAUCGUCUUCCGUUCAGCAGUCCCCAUCUUUGUUGCAAUUGGGGAGACUUUCUACUUGCACCAGCCCUGGCCAUCAAUCAGAACAUGGAUCUCACUUGCUACCAUCUUUGGUGGAAGUGUGCUUUAUGUUUUGACUGAUUACCAGUUCACAUUAACAGCCUAUAGCUGGGCCAUGGCAUACCUCAUUAGCAUGUCAGUGGACUUUGUGUACAUAAAGCAUGUGGUGAUGACGAUUGGCCUCAAUACGUGGGGUCUUGUGCUGUACAAUAAUCUUGAGGCCCUCCUUUUGUUCCCAUUGGAGCUACUUAUUAUGGGGGAACUAAAGAAGAUCAAGCAUGAGAUUUCAGACGAAUCAGAUUGGUACUCACUAGGGGUGGUAUUUCCAGUGGGUCUGUCCUGCAUAUUUGGUUUGGCCAUCUCCUUCUUUGGGUUCUCAUGCCGGAGGUCGAUCUCAGCUACAGGGUUCACAGUGCUGGGUGUUGUAAAUAAGCUCUUGACGGUUGUUAUCAAUCUGAUUAUUUGGGAUAAACAUUCAUCAGUACUAGGGACAGCGGGGCUGUUGAUUUGUAUGGUUGGUGGAAUUAUGUAUCAACAGUCAAGUAGCAAGCCUAAGGCUCUUACAGAAGCAAAAGCACAAGAAAGCGAGGAGGAACAACAGAAAUUACUUGAAAUGCAGAGUGUCCCAGAAGAAAGAGUUACCGUAAAAGAGGAGGUUGGGGAUUCAGGAGAGUCGAAAUGAGGGUGUAAUUUUUCCCAUUUUCUCUGUUCUGUUCAAAGCAAAUGUAGGCAUUCUUUUGUUGUGUUUUCUUUGAGCCAUUGGAAGAGUAAAGAAAGCUUCUUUUUCUC